UGCAAUGGCACCAGCCCCGGAAAUUGAUCAACCAUUCAUUCAUUUAAAAUUACCAGAAGUAUGAGGACCUAAAUGAAACCUUACUGAUAGUCAGAGGGCCGGACUUCAAAGUUUUUUAUUAGCAAAGUUCUAAACCUAAAUUUUCAUCGUUCAAAUUAUAGGACCAAAAAAAUGGAGGGGUUACAAUUUUAGCUUCCCGCCACGACAAACUUCCCUUCCCGGGUUCUCUUCUCUUCCCCCCGCAAUCAAUUUGCCUUGAUAAUUCAAAAGUAAAAAAACCCCACCAAGACGAAAAGCCCUCUCCUCUCCAUCUCUCUCUACCUGCAAAAUCCAAUAACACACGCAGAAACAACAAUGGAUACCAAAUUCCAAGCCUUACCUCCUCUCAAAAGACACAGACUCUUGCAACAGCAUCAGCAAGAAAACAAAGAAAAUGUACCCAUCGCUUUGCAAUUGCCUGCCAAGAAGCGAAAGGAGUCCCGGAAUCCACUUCUUGCUGAUGCUGCUCCCCAAGUCACUACCACUGCUGCAUAUUGUUUGCCAACCAAGAAGAGGGUUUGGGCAUUGCAUCCUGAUUUGGUAUCCGGUAAGCCACUCUCGCCUUUCAAUCUCAAUGUUGAGUAUAAUCCUCAUUCUUUCAAUGAAGAAAUCAAAGCAAACGAGGAAAACAAGAAAACCCCACUUGAUAUUAUUAUUGAUAAGUCAAUUGAAAGUGAACAAGAAGAUUUAAAAAAAGAGGAGGAAGUCACAGUUCUUGAUGAAAACAACCAAGAGGAGUGUAAAGAGGAAGAGGAAAAAGAAGAAGAAGAAGAGGAGGAGGAUGAUGGGAUUUUGUGUGCUAUUUGUCGAAGCACAGAUGGGGAUCCAACAGAUCCUAUAGUGUUUUGUGAUGGGUGUGAUUUAAUGGUUCACACUACUUGCUACGGGAAUCCUUUAAUAAAGGGUGUUCCUGAUGGUGAUUGGUUUUGUAUUCAGUGUUUGGCUUCUAAAUCUUACAGGUCAGAAAGUAAGCAAUCCUCCUUAUCUUGUUGCUUUUGUCCAACAAAAGGUGGCGCUUUGAAACCCACCACAACAAAGGGUGUUGAUGGGUCGUGGGCUCAUGUUGUGUGUGCACUUUUGAUUCCUGAGGUGUUCUUCGACGACCCAGAUGGCCGUGAAGGAAUUAAUUGUUCUAAGGUUCCUAAAAGGAGAUGGGAAGGGAAAUGUUAUGUUUGUAAGAGUAGAACAGGGUGUGUUAUUGAGUGCUCUGAACCUAAGUGUCCUCUGGCAUUUCAUGUUACUUGUGGGUUGAACGAGGAUCUUUGUAUCGAGUUUAAAGAAGGGAAGAAGAGGGAGACUAUAGUUGCUGGGUUCUGCAAAAGCCACACUGAAUUAUGGGAUAAGCAACAACAGUCAGGGAAGUUCAAGAUUGUAGCCAGAGAAGAGCAUAGAAAGUAACUGUUUCAGUGGAGGCUAUAGGUCUGCCAUUGAACGACAUAUCGAUGAAGGUUUGAGAACGUGUUAGUCCUCGAUGGAAAUUACAGUUUUUUUUCUCUCUCAAUGUUGUUAACAUAGCCAUCUUCUUUAGAUUUUAGGGUGCUAGUUUUGAUGCUUUGGACCGAAACAAUUAAUUUUACUCUCUGUGAUGCAUCUAAUGGUCUAGUUGAUUUCUUCUGAACAUCAA